CCCAGCGCUGAUUGGCUGCUGUGCUGGGCCCAGGAUGGGCAGGGGGCGCGUCCAUUUAAAUAUUGCUGGAAAAGCGCUGUAGCAGUCUCACCUCAGUGUCCUGACAGAAGCUUAUCCAGGCCAUCAGGAUGGGGCCGGAUAUGUUCCCUUGAUCGUUUGUGAACCAUCGCUUCCCGACAAAGCAGAGAUCAUGACUCCUCGUGAGGCCUCUCAGGCCCCACUGGAAUUCGGGGGGCCAUUGGGCGUCACGGCGAUGCUGCUCCUGCUACCUGCCACCAUGUUCCAUCUGCUCCUGGCGGCCCGGUCGGGCCCGGCGCGGCUCCUGGGCCCACCUGCUUACCUGCCUGGGCUGGAGGAGCUGUGGAGCCCACGGGUUUUGCUGCUAUUGUUCAUCUGGCUCGGUCUGCAGGUGGCGCUCUACCUGCUCCCGGCGCGCAAGGUGGCCGAAGGGCUGGAAUUAAAGGACAAGAGUCGUCUGCGCUACCCUAUUAAUGGCUUCCAGGCUCUGGUGCUAACAGCCGUGUUGGUGGGGCUGGGGGUGUCAGCCGGGCUGCCCCUGGGAGCACUCCCUGGAAUGCUCCUGCCCAUGGCUUUUGCGACCACUCUCACCAGCUUCAUCUUCAGCCUCCUUCUCUAUGCGAAGGCUUUGGCAGCUCCUGUCUCUGCCCUGGCCCCUGGAGGAAACUCAGGAAAUCACAUUUAUGAUUUCUUUCUGGGACGGGAGCUGAACCCUCGCCUUGGUUCCUUUGACUUCAAGUAUUUCUGUGAGCUGAGGCCUGGCCUCAUCGGCUGGGUCAUCAUUAACCUGGCCCUGCUGAUGCAGGAGGCAGAGCUGCGGGGGAGUCCUUCACUGGCCAUGUGCCUGGUCAAUGGUUUCCAGUUGCUGUAUGUGGGGGACGCCCUCUGGUAUGAGGAGUCUGUCCUUACCACCAUGGACAUAAUACAUGAUGGAUUUGGCUUCAUGCUGGCCUUUGGAGACCUAGCCUGGGUACCCUUCACCUACAGCCUACAGGCCCAGUUCCUGCUCUACCAUCCACAGCCUCUGGGGUUGCCCAUGGCCUUGCUCAUCUGCUUCAUUAAGGCUAUUGGCUACUACAUCUUCCGUGGUGCUAAUUCCCAGAAGAACACUUUCCGAAAGAAUCCGUCUGACCCCAGUGUGGCUGGUCUGGAAACCAUCCCUACUGCCACAGGGCGGCAGCUGCUGGUGUCUGGAUGGUGGGGUAUGGUUCGUCACCCCAACUACCUGGGAGACCUCAUCAUGGCUCUGGCCUGGUCCCUGCCCUGUGGGAUAUCCCACCUGCUACCCUACUUCUACCUCCUCUACUUUACGGCGCUGCUGGUGCACCGCGAGGCCCGGGAUGAGCAGCAGUGCCUCCGCAAGUACGGCCGGGCCUGGCAGGAGUACUGCAAGCGUGUGCCUUACCGAAUCCUACCCUAUGUCUACUGAAGCAAACCCACCUAGGCAGCAGGCCUGAACACACCUCAAGGGAAGGGCGUGCCCCCCAUUCUGCUCCACAGGGGUGACUAGCCUCAGAAGAGGUUUGAAGCAAGGAGCCACUGCUUCCACACAGAAAUACUUUGACUUGUUGGAUAAAUGUUUUCAACUUU